CAAGGGACAACCUACGGUAACCAGUCAGGAAGAGACCACCACCAGUUGAACAGAAGUGGAAUGGUUGAUUCUAGAUACCAAAGCAUCUGUCUUGGGAUUUAGUACUUAUCAGAACCCUAGGCCUCCUAAACUAGUUAAUCCCAGAAACCCAAUUAAUCCCACAGAUUCUGUAGUUUCAGAAGGUAUUUGGAUUUUAGAGGGGAUCUAAGAAAAUGGCAACCAAUUCUUCCAAUGGGGAUCACCAGACUACAACAAAGCCGCCUCCUUUGCCAUCCCCUCUGCGUUUUUCCAAAUUUUUUCAGUCCAAUAUGAGAAUCUUGGUUACUGGAGGAGCUGGAUUCAUUGGUUCUCACCUGGUUGACAGAUUAAUGGAAAAUGAAAAGAAUGAGGUUAUUGUUGUUGAUAACUACUUCACUGGCUCCAAGGACAAUCUUAAAAAAUGGAUUGGUCAUCCCAGAUUUGAGCUUAUUCGUCAUGAUGUCACUGAAACAUUGUUGGUUGAGGUUGAUCGGAUAUACCAUCUUGCAUGCCCAGCUUCUCCAAUUUUCUACAAAUAUAAUCCUGUAAAGACAAUAAAAACAAAUGUGAUUGGCACUCUAAACAUGCUUGGACUUGCCAAGCGAGUUGGAGCGAGGAUUUUACUGACAUCAACUUCAGAGGUAUAUGGAGACCCCCUUGUGCACCCACAACCUGAAAGCUAUUGGGGUAAUGUUAACCCAAUUGGAGUGAGGAGCUGCUAUGAUGAGGGCAAGCGAGUUGCUGAGACCUUGAUGUUUGACUAUCAUCGGCAACAUGGGAUAGAAAUACGCAUUGCCAGAAUCUUCAACACAUAUGGCCCUCGCAUGAAUAUUGAUGAUGGGCGUGUAGUGAGCAACUUUAUAGCACAAGCACUUCGAGAUGAACCAUUGACGGUCCAAAACCCUGGAACUCAAACUCGCAGUUUCUGUUACGUCUCUGACAUGGUUGAUGGCCUCAUCCGUCUCAUGGAAGGAGAGCACACUGGACCCAUAAACAUUGGAAACCCAGGUGAAUUUACGAUGCUUGAACUCGCAGAGACAGUGAAGGAGCUCAUCAACCCGCAAGUAGAGAUUAAGAGGGUGGAGAACACUCCUGAUGAUCCAAGACAAAGGAAACCCGACAUCACAAAGGCAAAAGAAUUGCUGGGAUGGGAGCCAAAAAUAAAGUUGAGGGAAGGUCUGCCUCUAAUGGAGGAGGAUUUCCGUCUGAGGCUCGGGGCAGCCAAAAAGAACUGAUUGUCUUUUACUGGAAAUACAGAUGAUUGGGUUUUGACCGUGGAAUGGAUGUUUGACUAUUAGACUGCUGGAGUAUGCUCGUCUCCAACAGCUCCCGAUCACCAAAUAGUGCUUAUGUGUGUGUUUUCUUUCAUUGUGCCGUAACAGAAAAUAAGAAUUAGUGUCUUGUAAUCUUCUUUUUUUCUUUUGUUUCAUGCUUCAAAAUGUGGGAUUCAGCACUGUUUUUAGUUUGAAUUUUGAAAGUUGUUCUCAAUCGAGUCUGCUACUAGGAACCCCCAAUUUUGUUGUUGCAAUAAUAAAAAAUGAAAUUAUACUUUCUUGUCCGUUCAA